GACUUCAUCCCCUCAGCUUAUCACGUGAACUUCCUACUCACCAUCGAUAUACUUUAAUAACAAACAUCAUUAAUACAGUUGUUUAGAUCUACUAGAAUUAUAAAUAUUUGUACCAGUGCAGCACAGGAAAGCUUUUAAUAAUAAGUAGCCUGCAAUCCAGACAGAACAAACGUUACGAAAACAAAGGGCAACGACUGGUACAUGUAACGUUCGUAGGCUCCAGGGCAAAGUUCAUGAGCUUACCAUGAGCUGGCACGAUAGAGAAGGAAUACAAGAGGUAAGGUGAAUGGUUUCGUUGAGACAAUGAGGGACGAAGGUUAGAAUCUCUGGUACAGAGGCGAGGAAACUCAACAUGAGCAUGUCGUGAGAUUCCUCCCGAGCAAAGAGGUGGACGAAGCAGUCUUCCGCUGCUACUACUUUCAGUUAGGCUGCUCGCCCACAAUAUGACCAUCAUGGCAGACAGUGGACGCUCACACUUCUACAUAUAGCGACCAGGAUGUGGAAACAAGUAGUGAAUCAGUACAUCCUGUGCUUGAAGAUUUCAUGUGAACACAGGCCAUAACACUUACCAUUAGGGGGCUCUGGUCGUGGUGAAACAAUUGACAGGAGUCUGAAGGUUCACUGGUACGUGGUUUGAAGGCAGAGAACUUUGAACUCUCAGGGACAAAAGAAUCCCACACAAUAAUACACCACAAGUGCAAGGGAGCUAAUCUGACACUGAAUGAGCCUACGGCAAAUGUUACCGUCCUUCAUGUCUUUGUAUUUCUCGGGAGAGAAACUCUAGCAAGCACCUCGGUACCGGCUACGGGAAUGUUUGAGAAGCGUUUGAACGUUCACAAUAACGGAAGAGUGACCUUGACCAAUCUGACGUCAGAUGACCUGGGGAGAUACCGAGUGGAGGUCCGAGCUGAGGACCAAAUCACACACAACAUCAGACUGAUUAUUAAAGAGCCGCCUACAUCAGCAGACGGAGAAUUAUUGGUGAUGAAGAAUGCCUUGUCAGACACAAACUCUAUUCGCAUGAAGUGUGGCGCGUUUACAACUUUGGGCUUCCCGCCUGUGUCAGCAGUGUGGAAGGAUCCCGCAGGACGAACACUAAGCAGUGACGGCUUUGAGGAUGAGUACUUUUACCUGGAUGUACCUGCCGACACGGCGGACUCUGGCGACUACUGCUGUCAGCUGGACUGUCGAGCCCCCGACUUCUGUUGUCUUGACGACCAGUCGCCGCUAAGGUCGUGCGCAACAAUACCUGUCCAAACAGACAGAAAGGUCGAGGUCACGACUGACGACAAGACAUCUUCAGGAAACGUAACUCAAGCGAUGGCUUACCUGGUUCACCGACAAGCCAGGUGUGACCAGCUGGACACUUACAUCACAAAGGUGGAGACGUUACAAGUGGACAUGUUGAAAGGCAUCGAGAACAUGAGGAACACGACUACAGACGCUCGAGUCCAGCUAGAGACAGAAACGAACCACAAACUGUGGAACUUUCAGCUUCAGAUGGAUUCUAACGCGUCUAAAGUUAUGGAGUCUUGUAAUGUUAGUCAGCAGCAGCUACUGACUACAGUUUCUGACAAACUUUUAGAGCUGGAAACGAAGUUAAACAAGGGCUUGGUCCACCUUCACAAUGCAAGCUUUACUGCUGAUAGAAGACUCGAGGCAAACAUCAACCGAUCCGUGGAACAUCUCCAGAAAGUACAAUUGCAGCUGGAUACUAACAUUUCUAAAGCUGUAGAAUCCUAUAAUGAACUUCAGCAGCGUCUAAUGGAGACAUCAGAGGAACUGCAGUUAAACCAAACUACCUUCUCAUAUCAAGUGGAAAACAUUGUAACUAGACUUGACAAAGAUGGGGGCAUUGAAUCAAAACUUACCAGAGCUGCGGACCAGGUUAAAGAUUUGCAACAGAGGAUAGAAGAAAUUUCCGAGGCAGCUGAUAAACAACAAUCACAACUUAACAAGCAAAUUACAGAACUUGCAGCUGAAGGGAAGACAGGACUUUCUGGUCUGCAACAAAUAACAUCAGAUCUCAGAACUACGUUGACCAGCAAUGUCCAGACAUUGACAAACCUGAUUUCGCAAACUGAGCUUCGGGUGUCGGAACUCGAGAAAAAACUGUCAGUCAUCGACAAUACAUUGAACAGACUUGAGACGAAUACAAACAAAUCAUUGGAAGUCAUUCGUUCAAAGAUGUCAGCGAUUUCUAAGGUGACCCAGGAAGAUCAAUGUCGUUUGAAAGCGGGCUACGUGUGGUACCUGGGAACCUGCUUCAAGUUUUUGACGAUAAGGGUGAACUACACUACUGCAAAAGCCAAGUGCGAGGCAGACGGCGCUCACCUGUAUGACGUCAUGUCUCCCGACUUAGACGAGGAGCGUGUGCAAUUCGCUAUCAAACAAGCAAAUGUAUCGUUACCCAAAAUCAUUUGGGUUGGAGGAAACGACCUUGAGGUUGAGGGAGACUACCGCUGGAGUGAUGGAACUCCUCUGUCGUCUUCCUCUAAAUUAUGGGAUAAAGGUCAACCUAAUGACACCGUGUGGCAAGUCGUUCGGCGUAGAAUUUCUUUGAAUUUUGUAAAUUACAAUAAAGUACAGACAUUUUCCAUCCUUUCAGGCAUAGCGAAAAAAAUUGAACAUGGUUCUGUUGUUUCCACAAGGUAAUAGAGUCAUCGACUAUUUUGUGUCUUAAAGAAUCUUAUUGACCAUUGUAAUCUGUAUGUCAGUAAUACUCUUUAGUCCUGGCACCUGCAAGUUGAACUUGUAUGGGAUGAUUCAUCUAUUAAGGCAGAUGAAGUUCCUUUUAUAAAAAAACUGUGACAAGCAAUUUGUAUGAUGUAAUGCAAAUGCCAUCAAAAUUUAACACAAAACCUUCUUAGAAUCUAAUGAAUUUAGAAGAGUUGUAACUCAGGCUAAUCAGUAACUUGACAGAGAAUGUCAAUAAAUAAUAAGGAGAAUCAGGUAGUCUCUUACACGUUUUAAUGAAACAAAAACUAUGAAAACUAACAAUGUAUAGAAGGAUACCUAUGUUUAAGGAAAGAAAGAAUAUGUUAAUAGUGAAAAAGAAGAAAAAAUAUAAUAAAGCUCAGUUAGCUAAGCAAACUAUAAGUGACAUGAAACUAUUCAAUCAAGGAAGUAAAUAGACAGACAAAAUUUUUAAUGUACACAAUAAGGUAGAACACAAGCAGUGGUGGCCUCAUUUUUACAAGGUCUUUGAUACUUCUGAUGUUUCUACUGAUGAAAAAUAUUGAAUGGUACAAUAAACCUUGAAAAAAACAAUGGCAUUACACAUUUCAAAAAUUCAAAACAUUUCAAAAAUCGAAAAUGUGUAGGCGAAGACAAAAUUAUUAGUGAAAUGUGGCCAUGAGAACUAGCGAGGUUCUUGAUUUCCUGUUAAAAUUGUUGAACAUUUUAUCUUAGAAAGGUACUUUACUAUGUGAAUAGCCUAAAUCCAGCAUAGUAUUAAUACAUAAAAAAACAUAAAUGAACCAGAAAACUAUAAAGGAGUGGCACUUACUAGUGUUAUUACUACAAUUUACACAGAUAUAUUGAAUAUGAGAUUAUCAAGAUGGACGUAGAGCAGAAAAGGAGACAAGCAGGCAGUCUUUAUGAAAGGCUAUACAGUGGAACCUCGGUUAACGAACUUAAUCCGUUCUGGAAAGUUGUUCGUUAUCCGAAAUGUUCGUUAUCCGAAACAAUUUUUUCCAUAAGAAAUAAAGGAAAUCGAUUUAAUUGGU